CAGUAGAUUGUACAACAGAUCAUAUCAGAGAAGGAAACCACUCAUCCAACUGUAAAGAUGAUUGUACAGAAGACCAUAUCAGAGAAGGAAACCAUUCAUCCAACUGUGCAGUUGAUUGUACAGAAGACCAUAUCAGAGAAGGAAACCAUUCAUCCAACUGUAAAAUUGAUUGUACAGAAGACCACAUGAGAGAAGGAAACCAUUCAUCCAACUGUGCAGUUGAUUGUACAGAAGAUCAUAUCAGAGAAGGAAACCAUUCAUCCAAUUGUAAAGUUGAUUGUACAGAAGAUCAUAUCAGAGAAGGAAACCAUUCAUCCAACUGUGCAGUUGAUUGUACAAAAGACCAUAUCAGAGAAGGAAACCAUUCAUCCAACUGUAAAAUUGAUUGUACAGACUACCACAUGAGAGAAGGAAACCAUUCAUCCAACUGUGGAGUUGAUUGUACAGAAGAUCAUAUCAGAGAAGGAAACCAUUCAUCCAAUUGUAAAGUUGAUUGUACCGAAGACCAUAUCAGAGAAGGAAACCAUUCAUCCCAUUGUAAAGAUGAUUGUACAGAAGACCAUAUCAGAGAAGGAAACCAUUCAUCUAACUGUAAAUAUGAUUGUACAGAAAACCAUAUCAGAGAAGGAAACCAUUCAUACAACUGUAAAGUUGAUUGUACAGAAGACCAUAUCAGAGGAGAAAAGCAUACAUCCAACUGUGCAGUUGAUUGUACAGAAGACCAUAUCAAUGAAGGAAACCACUCAU